UUGUGGCUGGUCCAUUCAAAGCGCGCUAGCAAGGCUCUCCCAGCCUACCUUCCUCUAGCCCCAACAUCCUUCCCCCAUUUCCUCCUUCCCCCCCCCCUCCUUCUCCUGCUGCUCCUCCCCCUGCCUCACACGCAGCUUGCCUUCGUUCAUCGGCGCGCGCCUGUUGAUUGAGCACACGCACACACGCAUCUCCCCAUGUCCGAUAGCUAUCAGCCCCUCGGCGACUCGGCACAGCCGCCCCAAUACGGGGAAACCGUCCCGCAAACCUCCUACUAUGAUAAGGAGGUCGGCUUCGGUGCCCAGCCCGAUCAGUUCAACGAUCCCGUCCUUUCUUCGGCGCCCGAUGAUCUGGAGGCCGGAGCCCCGGCAGUCGGGGCCCAGCGCUCUGAGAGCCGCUUCGACACCACCCUCGGUCUUCCCCUUGGCGCUGAGGCGGCUCUUUGUUACAUCUUUGGCUGUUUGACUGGUGCCUUCUUCCUUAUCUGCGAGCGGAAGAACGACUAUGUCCGGUUCCAUGCUUGGCAGAGCUGUAUUACCUUCGGCAUUAUGCUGCUCAUCCACCUUAUCUUCAUUUGGUCGAUUUUCAGCCUGAUCCUCAUUGCCUUCGAUCUGAUGCUCAUCAUCUUCCUGAUGUACAUGGCUCACGCCCAUGCUGACGCCCUGCAUCGGUUCAAGAUCCCGCUGAUUGGUGCCCUCGCCGAGAAGUGGGUUGACGAGGAGUAAUCGCUCCUACUUUCCGCGCUCGCCGCGAACCUGCCCAGCCCCUUCCCCCGCCUGAUCCCCCUCUCUCGCCUCCUGUAAACUAUACCCCCCCCCAAAAAAAAACAAGCCCCCAAAGAGUGCGCACACGACAAAGAGGACGGUGAAACACUAGCAAAGACUUGUUUGCUCCUUCAUUUUUCUGGUCGCCUCUCUUUUCUCUGAGAGCGCCGACACAAAGCACACACAGGGGCAUAUGCGCCACAUCUACAUGUUUAGGGGGAGGGGGGGGGGGAGGCGCAUAUGCAUGCGCGCGCGUGGCCCUGCUCAACUCCAGAGAGCGGACGGAGGACAGGGUCAUACCCGGAGAGACAGAGAGAGAGGGAGAG